CAGGUUUUAUGGAAGUCAUCCUGGACAGGCGUCUAAUGCAAGAUGAUUGGAGGGGCCUCAAUGAAGGGGCCCAAGACAACAAAGUGAACCCCAGCAGAUUUAUUCUACUCCCAGAAAAGAGGGAUGCAGCUGGACAGGUAGGGGAGAAAUUAUUGAACUGAGAAUCAUUAUGUCCAGCAGAAACUCUCUUUCUCUGUAGAUAUAUUUAAGUUACAUAUUUGCUUGUAAAUGUCAUCCAGGAAAUGUUUCAUUAAUUUACAGAAAAUUUUAGUUUUUUGUCUAAAUAUAUAUAUCAAAAAGUCGUCAUUCACUGACCGAUAUGUUCAUUCCUCAUCCCUCCAAACCUAACCCAGUUUUUUACCAUUUGAAACGAAAUUAAAAUAUUGUACCAACAUAGCUAAUGUGCUGAUAUCCCCACUUUUAGCAACCAUGAAUUUGGGGGAUAAGGUCAUGUUUUAAAGAAAAAUGUAGCUGUAUGUAAAAAAAAAAUGUAUAGAAGUGAUUCUAAAUAUAUGCCCCAGGCAAUCAAGAAAUGAAUUAUUUUAACAUUUUUAGUGCAUUUUUUUUUUUAAAACUUGUAAUGUUGGUUUAAAUAUAUUUUAUUCAAGUACUAACCUACAGAAAUGUGCCCUGACUGAUAUUUUCUAGACUAAAGGGGCCAUCUGCUACCCAUCAACUCUGGCCCACCUGCUAUCGUCACACCUCCACAACCCACUCCAAGUUGCCGUCAUGACACACACCAAUGGGAUCUUUGAAACUCAAGUGAGGUUCCAGAAUGAGACAUGGCCAUGUUCCUGUAAGCUGUUGAACUUAAGGAACUUGGGAACAGGCAACACAUCCAGCCUCAAGGCCCUGUUGGUUGUCCACAGAGUUGGCUUGGAUUGCAGCUACAGCCAGAUAUACACCGAUUGCAACAAUGAGGUAAGUGGAUCACAGGUUAGGGGGGGUUCAAAGAGGUGAAGCAAAUAAUUAUAAGGGGCAAACUUAAGAAUGACAUUGUUAUUUUUAUUGUGACCCAUAAGGCUGUUUCAGUUUGAGACCCAAUUAUAAGACUGCAGUUUAACUAAAGAAAGUGAAGAUUUCCAAUAUUUAUUGCUUUACAUGGUUUAAACCAAGAGGCAUAUGAUUUUAAUAAUGAUGUUAGAAAGGCAAAAAGCAACAUUUAUGUAAGGGAACUUUGUUGAGGAACUACUUAAAGGCAACAUUUAUUAUUAUUUCCAAACCACCCAGUACUAAAGAUGGACAUAGAUUGGGUAUGAAACCAUUGAAGCUUUGAUUGUUGGAGUUAAACUACCAAACUCAGCUACUGCAUUUUAAAUAUCUAAAGUGGCAUCUUAUAGAUUUUUUAGUAUUCCUAACUAAUGCAUUCUAAACUAUUAUUUUUUUCAUUAUCAGGAAAAGGUCAAUUUGAAUGUGUUUGGUGGUGUCCAAAUCAAGAUGGCCGCGGAGACAACACUGACAGGUGUCCAAGAGUUGACCCCUCUAAAUGAUUUGAAACUACAAUUAAAUGAUAUGGAAAUAAAAACUGUCAAAUUGACUUACCGGUAG